UGACAGAUAAUUUAUUGAAGCCUCAAUAAUUAUCUCUAUAUUUUCGAGAUUCUUUUUCUCCAACUCUAAUUAUCAUAUUCUUGAUGCGAUAGAAGAUUGAGUUUUAGAUACAAAAGCGAAUCAGCUAUGCCGUCAGCAACUCGUCAAGAUCAGCUCGUCUUAGUCCCUUGGGACCCCAACUCUCCAGAGCAUGUCAACCGAAUUUAUGAGCAACGAGUGCAAUGCGGUUGGGAUAAGCAUUUAGUUGAAGGAUGGAAAGAGAGACAAGUCUCGGGUCAGAAGUCCAUCUUUUGGAUCACACUGCGACCAGAUGACCCCGAAACUCGCGAAACACUUCAACUACACUUAGAUGCGUACCCUGAAGACAAGGCACCAUUGGUAGACACAGCUGAAAGCCUCAGAGCCAAACCCCGAAAACCGACCCAUACAAAGUUCUAUCCCGUGGGCCACAUCUCACUUGAUGACAGAAACGAGAAAACAGGAAACUUUGUCCUCGACCUUCCCAAAGAAGGCGUCUACUGGAUCAAGACCUUCUACGUCUCAAAAGCACUUCGAAGCAAAGGCAUCGGGCGAGCAGCCAUGGACAUCGUCGAGUCAAUGGCGACUGAGGAACCGCUAUGUGCCAAAACCCUCGCACUUGAUACCGCUGAGAAGGAGAUGCAGAAGAAGCUGUACCGAGAAAAAAACGGAAAGGAGCUGGGUUCAACUAACCAGGAUUGGUAUGAACGGCGAGGAUAUAGGCUAAUUCACAUGCAGCCUGGCCACUACUUGGACGACGAAGACCCUCCAGUCGAUGCUGUAUUUCUACGACGAGAUAUUGCAUAGUCAUUAGUUCUUCUUGCCCUGUUGGGAUGGUCUGGUCUGAGAUGGAUACCGUGGAGUUAAUAAUCAGGACAUCGUUGACUAUGAAUAGCGAUACAAAGUUAUACAACUUGAUAGAUAUAAUUCACUCCGACUGCAAGAAUCUUGAAACAAGAUAGGUUUACAUUAAAAUCACAACUAACACACUAAGACCCCAGCAUAUCCUUACCCACCGCACUCAGUCAUGUCAGAAUGAAAGAAAUAACACAACUCUGGUCCCGGUUGUCCCGAACUUAGGUAGUCCGGUGAGGGCAUGGAAGAACUGCGCUCAACUUGAAAUCAGAUUACCAGUAGAGUUUGCAAAAAUCUCAAGGCCCGCUCGGACAAUCAUUACCGACUCGAAAGAUGUCUGCCUAAUAUUCGGAGUGAUAGCCUUCGUACGAAGUACCUACGGAGAAAGAUGAGCAGAAGAAGUGCGGUCGCUGAAACAAAUUGAUACCCCCACUAGGACUCAUAAAUGGAAUGAAUCAUAUGAUGUUGGCUUUCGCAUUAAGCACAGACAUGAACCAAGACUGCUU